AUGUAUUCUCACGAUAACGAAGCAAGUGGCUUUAUUUUCUGGAAUUAUCUAAAUGAAACUUUUGUGGAUUGGAUUUACUUUAGUAAACCUGAUUCCGGUGGAAAUUUUCAUCCAAUAAAUAAUGGUCACCUUAAAAUUCAAAAUGCUUCAUUAGAUUCCUUUACUAUAUUUUCCACAAUCGAUGGAGCCUUUGCUAUAGUGAUUAGUCGUACAAAUUUUUUAAGUCAACCUCUUGAUGAAUCAAUUAAUCCGGUCAGACCAACAUUUCGUCUUUAUGUAACUUUCAUUAAUCCCGAUAAAACUGUUGAUGGACCUUUCUUGCUUUAUCAAUCCGCAAUACCGAAUUUACAAGUUAUGUUUCAAUGUAGUAAAACAUAUACUACAUUAGGUAAUUCUUGCAUUUUGAAUAUGAAAAGGGAUGAAGAAUAUAAAUUGAUUCGAAUAAAAUUCCAGAAUACAGGUUCUGUUGUUGGUAUCGAUAAAUUUUCUGAUUUUGAAAUGUAUAAAGAUUUAAGAGAGACUACAAAAUUUAGAAAUUUGUUUUAUGGAGGGUUCUUAGUACUAUUUUUCAAUGAUUCGGAAGAUACUCUUUAUAAAACAUUUCAAUCUAUCAUUCUUGAUGACGAAAGAAAUUAUUAUAGCACUUUGGAGUUUCCAAAUAAUUUAAAAAUUUCUAAUCAUGCGAUGGGAGAUUUUCGAAACAACACUUUUGUUAUCGCUCACCAAGAUGAUGAAUAUACUUGGAAAGUUUAUUCAGAAGAUUUACCAAGGUUUUUUGAUGAUAAUGGAUACAACAACAUAAAUGUUAAUACCACAUAUCCAUUAAUUAAUUCAAAGAUACCAUUAUCAACGACGAAUAUUAACAUUACAUAUAACUUUCCAAUAAUAAUAUCAACGAAUAACAUCUCUAUUUAUCAAGAUGGUAGUGGCGGAAAGCCUAUAUUGCGACAAUCGAUUCCGGGAAAUGCUCCAACAUCAUUUGUAUAUAGUGCGGAUAAUCAAUCAUUAAUUUUAAAUGUUUUAGAGAGCACAUUCAAUCAACCGAAUGGUAAUUAUUACAUUGUAAUUGACGAUAAUGCUGUAAAAGAUUUUAAAACAGAACAACCUUUAAUGGCUGAUGAUUAUCAAGAAGUUUUUGCGGAGGACGCAACCGGCCGAUUUGCCUUAACACCUGAAGGAACAAAAAAUUUCGAAAGCCUCCCACCAUUUAAUAAAACAAGUUAUUUAUUACAAUUAAGAAUUGAUCUAUCAAAUUCGAUACCCAUUGAUAUUAAUAGAUUGGAUGCAAUAAUAUGUUGUGAAUACGACAGAAGUCAACGACCUCCAAGAAUUUUAUUAUCAUUACCUAUUAAAUCGACAACUAAGUUAAAUGAGAGAAAUGUCGACCGUGUCAUAAAAGAUUUAGACCUUUUGAUUAAAAAUAAAAAAGUUACACCAAUAUCUUGGUUUUAUACAACAAAUUUUAUAGAAGCAAGUUUUGGAUUUCAACUUACCCGAAAUGUAUUCCAAGAUUUUAAAUUUCAUUUAAUUGGUAUCGCUAUUGGAAUAAUAAUUUUAGUAUCACUUUAUUUUUAUGCCAGAAAAAGAAGUCCUACGGGGAAAAAUACCGCCAUAUUUAAAUUUUCCUUGAUUUUUUUGGACUUUGUCCUGGAUUUUCUGUUCGUUCUGAAUGAUGGAGCAAAGGUCCCGCAAUUGUUUAUUCCAAGUAUAGCAUUCUGUGCAAUACCGUUGGCAAUUAAUUUCAUCAUGAGCAUAGUCAUGAUUCUUCGAGAAAUUAAAAAAAACAAGGAUUUCUACGAAUGGUUUAAACAAAAUACCAAUAUGGCAUCUCUAUUCACUAUUUUAGCAAGUACCGAUAUUGGAGUAUUAAAUAUACUUUCUACUAACGUUGCUGGCAUAGCGUUAUUUAAUGCACCUAUAUCCAAAGGAACUCAAUCUUUAAUAUUUCUUGUCAGUCAUAUUGGAUUUUUUAUUGAAGAUAUCCCCCAAUUUAUAAUACAGGUUCUUUAUAAAAAUUCGACUGUCACAUAUGAUAUUAUUCCUUUUCUCACGUUAUUAACAAGUUCGAUAGUAUUGAUAACCAGUAUAGUUUCUAGAGGAUAUCAUUUAAUUAUAUAUUCAUGUAAAAAUACAAUAUCUGACGAUACUGAAAGCUUCUUACCUAUUAAUCAAAAUAUGUCUAGCGAAGACGUAGAUGUAAUCGAAAUUAAAAAUCAUUUAACCGUUCCGCAAUAUAGAACAAAGUGA